CAGCUCCUGCCUCAGCUCCUGCCUUAGUCCCUGCCCCAGCUAUUGAUGUGCAGAUUGUAGAUCCCACUCAAGCUGCUGCUGAUGCACUAGUUGAUAUGACUGCCUUUGCAGUUCCUGCUGUUAAUGCCCCAGUAGCUGGCCCCAUCAUGCCAGAGACUGUCCAGCCAUCUACUUCCAGCAUUAUGGCCCCUUCUGUGUCAGCCACAGUGCUUGAUAGAAAGGCUGGCAUACUGAUGGAUGUUGAUUCUGACAAUGGGCCACUUGUGCAGAGCUGGCAGACAAUCCAGCCUGGGAUUGACAGCAUCUUGCUAGCAAUGACCCUGACUCAAACUGUGGAUGAGGGUGCUAUGGAUUUGGAUAGAGAUCCAGCACUGGAAGCUGAGUUGAUUACUGUCUUGUCUGAGAUUUGCAAUCAGUUGGCCAAUGCUCUGCAUGGUUCUGUGCAGGGCAAUGUGGGUGCACACCUAAUCACCAGUCGGAUUUUAGACAGCACACAUAUAGGCACAGGCAAGCAGGGUCCAUUUGGCAGUCUGUACUCAGGCUCUACUAUCCACCAGUUGCUACUGGAGCUUAACAUUGAGCUCCAGACCACUUUUGGUAGCAUGCAACUAACAGUGGAGAAGCCCAGCCAGUCUGAUUUUUCAUCACCUGUCACUAGAGCCUGUAUGGCAAAGGCCAACAGUACUAUUCGCAGUACUCCUAGCCACUCAAGAACCUGCAGUGAGGAUCUUCCCGAUGAUCCUCUUAGCCCAGCCUCCAGCCUCCAGCCUCAUGCAUUGCAUCCAGUGCAAUUGCUGAAUUUGACUACAAGUUCACAGCCCAAGCAGUAUCAACUAACAGAGACACCAAUCUCUGAUAGUGUUCUGAUCACUGAGGCUCAUGUAGGUGUGCAGCCACCUGGUUCCAGUUGUCCACCUGCAUCAUUCAGCUCAACCAUGCUUCCCACCCCAGUGACAGCAACCUCAGCCAAGCCAUCUACCAUGUUGGCUUCAAGGGCGACUCCGACUUUGGCUAUGCCUUCUGGCCAGAGCAUGCCCUUCACUUCUUUUGACACACAGUCUGCUGUGUUUGCUUUAAGCUUCCCAAGCCCUAUGUCAGCACCAACUUCCCAGGGUGGCCCAGGGAAUCUGCAAGCCACACAUGGUGUGCCUCCUGCAAUGAGGGCAUCACAGAGCAGUAUUGGUUAUUUGCAUGGAGGCAUUAGUGCUCCUUUUGCUUCUCCUGGACAGAGCACCCAGAAUCCAGUGUUGUCUUGUCAGGGCUUGACUCCACGAGUAGUUGAUCAGUAUAUACAGCAGUGUCUGGGUGAGCUGUCACAGACUCUGGUGCAAUUGCCAACACCUACACAGGUGACGACUCCUCCUGCACACACCUCAGUCCCUGCUCAAAUACACAAUCAGAUGCAGAUUGCAAUCCAGCCUGCUCUUGGUGGUGACCUUCUCUCAUACAUUGCCAAUAGUUGCAUUGGUAUCCGGCAGCAGCUUAUGUCAGAGAUGGUCCAGUUUUCCAAGGCACAUCAGUUUCUACCAAACCCAGACCAGCAGAUCAAGAUGUACUAUUACAAUAUGCUUCAGCAACACCUCCAUGCAGUUAUUCUGAGGUUUCCGGAGGACCUUCGUGUGUCGUUUUACUGGCUACUCAAGCAACAGGAAUCUCCUAGUCAGAACGAGAAGUUGUGGCUAAUGAUUUUGGAUCGGCAGUUUUCAGCUAGGAACCAGACUCAUAGCUCUACACAGGCAUCAUCAGCAGUUAGUCUUUCGGAGGACUAUUCAGCAUGGGGCAUGCCGCAGACUGAUUGCAGUGAUGAGCAGGCAUCAGCACAGCAUUUUGGUGAAUUGUUGUCAGUCUCUCCAGGUACCCCACACCAGCAGCAGCAGCAGAUUGUUUCUGCCAGUCCAUCAUCAGCACAGUUUUCUCUGCCAACACAGCCAAAUCAUUCCGUCAUUCAGUCGAGCCAGAUGGUUGGGCCUUCUUAUCGCACGCAGUCGGCCCAGUCCCACCAUUCAACGAAAUUUCACCAGUCCAUCCAAUCUGCCAAGUCCAUUCAUUCAGCACAACCCACUCAGCCCACUCAGCCUGUUUGCUCUAAAUUCUCGAAUUCGUCUAAACAACACUCCCCUACAGUUCUGCAGAUUAAUCAGUCACCAGCACAAGUAGUCCAGCAACCAUCAGCUGCAGGGCGUCCACAGAUGUCUAUCCAGCAAGGCUCCCAGCACCUCAACCAUUUAGUUCACUUUAUUGGGCAGAAUAUCAACCACCAGUCGCAUGGUCCAACUAAUGGUAAUAUCGAUGGUGAUGAUGGUGGUGGUAAUAGUACGCAGGAGUCAGUGUCCAGGCCGCCUCUUGGACAUCAGCCUUCACUCCAGUCGUGGAUAUUGGCGAUGAAUCAUAUGUCAGACAUUAAGAUCAAGGAAUCACUGGUGAAUAUUGGCGCAAAGUGUUCAGCUGGCAAGAUUAGUCAACAACAGAUGAACGCGUUUUCCGAACUGGCCAAAAACUUUAUACAUGAGCGUCAGCGCCGGCUUCAGCAGCAGCAGCAGAGUUUACAGACGCAGCAGCCACUGUCUCCACUGCAGCAACAACAGAGUGCCCAGAAUAUAUUGCAGAUUCAGAGGCAACAGGCACAACAGGCAAAACAGCGGGCAUACCAGCAAGCGCAGCAGCAUGCUCAUAUACUCCAACAACAGCAACGCUUGCAAAAUAAUCAAAUGCAAAUGUGGCAAUGGCAGCAGCAGCAGAAGCAACAGCAGCAGCAGAAGCAACAGCAGCAGCAGCCGGCUCAGCAAAUUGGUAUGAUGAUGCCCUCUGUCAGUCAAGCGGGCAUGGGAUUCACACCAACCACAACAGCAGCAGCAUUAGCAACAGAAACCUUAGCAUACGUAUCUACUUCUGCAUCUGCAUCUCCUACUGUUAUGGCUGCAGUGACUUGGCCUGUUGUGGGCAGCGGCCAAAUUCCCAGCGCUGUUGGCAGUGUUGGGGACGAUAGAAUGUUGACGGAGGACGUGUGUAUGAUUUGUUUUUCGGAUGAGCAUGCGACGCCGCGGUGCUUGGAGCGGUCUAAUUUGGGAGUUUUGUAUAGGCGGUUGGCGGAGGUUAAAGUUGACCAGAGAUUGAGUGAGAAUAGGCGGUUUGCAGCGGUCAGUACGGUGAAGAUGAUGAUUCAGCAGGCGGAGAUUGAGGAACUGCAAAAUAAUUCGGAGCAGCAACAGUAGGGGUGUAGUUCGGGCUGAGUUUUUAUAUUUUUUCAAAUAUUUCAGUAGCCUUUUAUAUUAUAGUUUCUUACCC